UGUUGAUGGUGCUGUUGUUGUACUUGGUGAGGAUAUGAGAGUGGUUGUGGGGAUCACAUCUAUGGUUUUGGAAGCUUCGGUUUCUGUUGAUAGUGCUGUUGUUGUUGAAGCAGCAUUUCUUGCUGUUGGAGGUGCAGUUGAACUUGAUGAGGAUAUGAGGGUGAUUGUGGGCAUCACAUCUAUGGUUGUGGAAGCUUCAGUUUCUGUUGAUGGUGCUGUUGUUGUUGAAGCAUCAUUUGUUGCUGUUGAAAGUGCAGUUGUACUUGCUGAGGAUAUAAGUGUGGUUCUGGGGAUCACAUCUAUGGUUGUGGAAGCCUCAGUUUCUGUUGAUGGUGCUGUUGUUGUUGAAGCAUCAUUUGUUGCUGUUGAAAGUGCAGUUGUACUUGCUGAGGAUAUAAGUGUGGUUCUGGGGAUCACAUCUAUGGUUGUGGAAGCCUCAGUUUCUGUUGAUGGUGCUGUUGUUGUUGAAGCAUCAUUUGUUGCUGUUGAAAGUGCAGUUGUACUUGCUGAGGAUAUAAGUGUGGUUCUGGGGAUCACAUCUAUGGUUGUGGAAGCCUCAGUUUCUGUUGAUGGUGCUGUUGUUGUUGAAGCAUCAUUUGUUGCUGUUGAAAGUGCAGUUGUACUUGCUGAGGAUAUAAGUGUGGUUCUGGGGAUCACAUCUAUGGUUGUGGAAGCCUCCGUUUCUGUUGAUGGUGCUGUUGUUGUUGUUGUACUUGGUGAGGAUAUGAGAGUGGUUGUGCGGGUCACAUCUAUGGUUGUGGAAGCUUCCGUUUCUGUUGGUGGUGCUGUAGUUGUUGAAGCAGCAUUUGUUGCCAUUGAAGGAGCAGUUGAACUUGAUGAGGAUAUGAGGGUGGAGGUGGGGAUCCCAUCUAUGGUUGUGGAAACUUCAGUUUCUGUUGACGGUGCUGUUGUUGUUGAAGCAGCUUUUGUUGCUGUUGAAGGUGCAGUUGUACUUGGUGAGGAUAUGAGUGUGGUUGUGGGGAUCACAUCUGUGGUUGUGGAAGCUCCCGUUUCUGUUGUCAUUGAAGAUGACAUUGCUGUUUGACCUGUAGCUGUUGUUGAAGGUGCAUUUUCUGUAGAAGCCUCAGUUGUAGAUGCAAUUGAUAUUGAAUCAGUAGUUGUUGGAGAU